AUGGUAUUUCUUGCCUCGCAGCUCGCAUCCGGUGUCUCUAUCGCAGAUGAGUGCAUCACUGCAUUCAACGAGUUCCGCAUGAGCGGCAACAAGGCCAACAAGACCAAGUUCAUUAUCUUCAAGAUCGCCGAUAACAAGAAGGAGGUUGUCAUCGACGAGGUCUCGCAAGAAGAGGACUACGAGGUCUUCCGUAGCAGGCUCGAGGCUGCCAAGGAUAGCAAGGGUAAUCCCGCUCCUCGUUAUGCAGUCUACGAUGUCGAGUAUGAUCUCGGUGGCGGUGAGGGCAAGAGAAGCAAGAUUGUUUUCAUCUCCUGGGUUCCCUCAGACACACCUACUCUGUGGUCCAUGAUCUACGCCAGCACACGGGAGAACUUGAAGAACGCUCUCAACAUCCACACCUCCAUCCACGCCGACGACAAGGGCGACAUUGAGUGGAAGACUGUUCUGGCCGAGGCCAGCGGUGGUAAGGCCGGUAAAUAG